AUGGCGGAUGACGGCCUUCUCAACAAGGUCCACGCUCUGAGCGAUCUCGAGCUGGCCUUACUUCUCUGUCUAAUUAGUCGCGAACAUUGCCUUGUUAGCACACCCUCUGAAGCCAUCGACGACUUGAUACAGGAACUACAACUGGUGGCUACAAAGACCUUUGGACUCAGCUGGGUUGUCAUCGACUGUAAUCCCUCGACGACCCUCGAAGAUUUUGCCUCUACUCUUCUCCUCGGCAAUCAGGCUUCUCCCUCAAGCCACUCGCCUACAGUAUUGCGCAACCCUGAUUCAUACUUUACAACGAGGCCAUCGACGUCGCAUCCACGCACACCGCUAAGCCCUCUUACUCCCGGCGGCGCAUUCGCAUCUCAGAUAGCCAACGUCGUUCUUGCAAAAAAUCUCGACCGAGCACCACAAGCCGUUCAGAUCCAGGCCCUAGAACUUCUCCGAACCCGUCGCAUCUUUACACGAACGUCUGUACAAACUGCCCCGAAGCAAUUUGUCUUUGUUCCGGUAUUACAGGCUGCCAGUGGAGGCGAGGCUCGUGUAACGGCACACCUGAAUGACUUUUUAUAUAUAACUUAUUGGCACAAUCCCGAGGAUGGCUUCGUUAAUCUGGAUGAAGCUGAUGCUGGUAACGAUGCAGACACCGCAUCAACGGGAAGUGUCGUGAAAAGGGGCCCUGGUGAGGGAACCACAUCAACCCCACCUUUGAUCGUCGAGACUGACAUCAGCUACCUUGGCUCGCUGAGUAAAGAGGCCCAAGUGGAUAUCGAGGUUACACGUUACCAGAUGAACAUCGUUUCAUUCCUUCGUAUGCACCGAGCUGUCGCUGGAGGCAUGAGCCCCACGGCUACAAAGCACUUCGGUCAACUAAUACGCUGUCUUGCUGCUUUGCAUGGUCUAGACUUUGUAACGCCAGCUCUUGUUAGACUUGCUACUUCCAAGGUUUACUUGCACCGGAUCCAGCUGACACCUCCAGGAAAGGAGAGGAGUAUGCAAUGGGGCAGCAGAAUAGAAGCAGUAGAAGCACUACUGGAAGACAUUGGUCCUGAAGAUGUCAUAGAAGAUGUCCUGGGCAUGGUGACCGCGCCGGUUUGA